AUGGUUACAACUCCGUCUCUCCGUAUCCAACUCAACGGUGUUCUCCUCUCAACGUUGCUAUUUGAAUGUGCCAAUGCUAGAAUCGAUUUUGAAGGGCUUAUUCUAGGUACUAUCGUCUCUAAGACUCGCUCUGUUAUCGAUGAUGCCUCAGAUGCGCGCGUCAAAACUGUCUACACUACCGUUGUCGUCCAAGGUGUAUAUAAAAUCGAGCCCACCUUGCCAAAGUUUUAUGGACAUUCAGGAUCGAUCAACGAACAAGUUCUAGAGCAGUACAAUAUCCCAUCGAAUCUUUCGAUCCUUGGCUAUCUUAAGUACAGGCGAACAGAAACACAUGAACUUUCUUUACGUGAUAAGGCUGUAGCACUCAACCUGAAAAUGUAUUUAGAAAAGAAACGGGCUUCGCUCCAACCUUCGAAUCCAUUUGCGCCAUCGGACGAUCAGUUAUUCAUAGUCAUAUUUGCGCUCUUUACUGCCAAGACCAACGAAAACCGAUCGACACAUGACUAUGAUUACACCUUUUGGUCUAUCGAGGAUGGCACAGCGUGA